AUUUUGGGUCGAAAGUGCGGCGGAUGAACACAAAACACGAAGGAUGCUCCUUUUUAAGAUGCAUUCAAGAGCAGCAAACCACGACAGCGCUUUGCAACGUAAAGGAACCAUUAUUUAUGUACGAGACGGGAUUCGGAAUCUGUCGGUAGUCUUGAAUGCAGCUCGCACUAGUAGGAGUUACCUAGAAUCUAGCAUGAAAUUUAUGAUUGCCAGAGAUUAUAGAGGUUUUAAAGCUGAGGUUAAAAGCUUUUUUACGUAACAAUAAUUUAAAGCAAAAUGGAGCUUAUGUGAAUCGUUGCAGAAUCAUUUUAAUAAUGAGUUCUUCGAGGAUGGAGCUGGCGCCCGUCGCCUGAGACGUCCUUUACGACCGGCGGUGACACCGAGGAGGGCGCGCCGACAGGAUGGUGGAGCGGUCGGACCGAGCCCCUCUGCUGGACUGGGAGGAGGCUCCGUCGGCGGAGAAGCCCGGCGAAGCGGCGCCGGACGACCCCCGGGAGCGGCUGGCGAGCCCCGGUAACAGCCGCUGCCCGGCGCCGGGAUGGAGCGGCGGACCCGGGGGUCCCGCUCCCAGCUGCGGCGCCCCGCCCGCCGCCACCUCCAGGACCCCCGCCGAGCAUGAGCGGCCGCCCGGACAGGAGCAGCAUCCUUCGGAUUCUGAAGCCAGGGAGGUGCCGCUGGAGGAGAGGAUGGUGACCUGGGAGGAGAAAGACCAGAUCGUGUCAGUUUUUGUAGUUACGUUUAACACCACGUCAGGGAACAUGCUGGAGUGGUGUUUGCCCAAAGACAUGGACCUGGAAGGAGUGGAGUUCAAGGCCAUCGCCAGCGGCUCCCACAGAGUGACCACAGACUUCAUAUACUUCCGGAAGGGCUGCUACUUUGGCCUCGCCUGCUUUGCCAACAUGGCGGUGGAGAGCACGGCAGAGAGGGGGGCCAGAAUGAAGUCGGUAGGGAUCAUGUCUACUUCCUACACGCUGCUGUACCGCUACAUGAGCUUCCUGGAGCACCAGGUCAGGCUGCAGCUCCAGUCCCCGGGCCACUACUCUGCCCUGGAGGCUUUUUAUGAGGACAAGAGAGCGGUGCUGCCCCCUAAUGGAGGAGAUGCUGUCACCUUACCGCCUAGUGUGUGGGGAAGUGCCAUCAACCACAGCAUGCACCCUGAGAUGAAGAUCACCCAUCCGGCCGGCUGCAUGUCCCAGUUCAUCCGGUUCUUCGGGGAGCAGAUCAUGGUGCUGUGGAAACUGGCCCUCCUCCGCAGACGCAUCCUCAUCUUCUCUCCUCCGCCUGUGGGCGUGGUCUGCUACCGAGUGUACUGCUGCUGCUGCCUGGCUAACAUCUCCAUCCCUGGGGUGGGAUUGGCCGUUCCGGAGUUCAGGCCCUUCUUCUAUGUGAACGUCGCCGAUAUCAGCGCGCUGGAGAACGAGCUCUCCUACGUGGCAUGUACAACAGAGAAGAUCUUUGAGGAGAAGAAGGACCUGUAUGACGUGUAUGUGGAUAACCAGAAUGUGAAAACCUACAGAGACGGUCUGAAGCCGCUGCUCCGCCUCAGCGCCGCAGACCGAGAGAAGUACCGCAAACUCACCGAGCAGAGACAGAUGUUGCUGUAUUCUCAGGAAGAGAGUGGAGACUGUGCGUCCAGUGAGGAGGACCUUUUUAUAUUGUUUUUCUUGGAGCAGAACAAUAGGAUUUUUCAGGCGCUGAGCGAGGUGGCGGCGAGCCCCGACCCCACCGUGACCCAGGAGAGUGUGCGGGCCAUGGGCCUGGACCCUCACGGGGACAGGCUCUUCCUGCUCCACCUGCUGGAGAUCUACGGAUACGACACACUGAUGGUUUCAGAGCAGCUGUGCUGCAACUGAGACGCUGCUGCAGAACUACCGGCUGCUCCUCCAGGACGCCGUCUGUUCCUCCUGGAAGUCAGAGAAGCUGAUGUUUAGAAUCACUUCAUUUCUGAUUGAUUUCAAAAGCUUCACAGGGAGGAUCACAAGCUGGAAGAGCGAAGGAAAGUUUCAUGUAAAAAGACAUCUGGAUUCCUCGUGUGUUGUGUUUGUGGGAUUGCAGGUCUCUGCUGGUGUUGCUUUUCUGGACUUUAAACAUGCUUUGAGUUUUUCAUAAACAUCAAUAUCUGCACCAAAUGCACUCAUGAACAAGCUGCACGUUCUUCACCACUUUGAGCCGGUUUUCCUGCAGGAAAAUCCUUAAAGCAGCUGAGACCACCUUCCCACAGCUACACACCACCAGGAAGCAGAACAUUUCAGAAUAAUGGCACCUACUGAUUUCUCAUGUCGAUGCGUUUGUUGUAGUUGAUCAGCUUCAGUGAAGAAAGGCUUAAAGUGUAGUUAAUCCACAGCUGUCACGUCAAACAUCACUGUGGAUCAAAUGUUUGUUUUGCUGACGUUUGUCCUUUUUUAAAGCUGUAAAUAGGAAUUUUCUGCAGCUCCGUGACAGAAACAGGCUCAGCUGAAUGUGUUUUAUACUGCAAAUCUCUUUAUUUCCAGAACGCAAGCAAAGAACCCAACUUGUUAAAAACACCUUCACUUUAUUUAUUUUAACCCUAAUUUAUUUCAAAAUAAAGUGUCUGACCAAA